GGCAAAUGAAAUUCGCUUAUGGAUAUGAAGUUCUUCAUCACCGAGGUCGCAGCUUUCAUUCUUAUCCAAAUCCAAAUAAAGUUGAUGCAUGUGCGAAUAUUCAUUAUGAUUAUAUGUCUGGAAAAUCAUCGUUCAAAUAUGAAGAUGUGAAAGCUUGUUACCAAACAUUUCCGUUUGAUAAAGAUAAUGCAACUCAGACGAUAGAAACAUUAAAGGGAAUUCUUGGAAAUUUCUAUUCGUUCUUUGACCAAGCGAGAGAACCUGCAGCGAAAGGAUUUACUUUUGAGCCUGUCGAUUUGUUGGAAGAAUUAGAUUCAUUAUUAAAAAAAGACUAUACAACUGAUUUUCAAUUUAUGUCUGACGUUACAGAUGUUGUGAUAUUACUGAAGGAUGCACACACUUCAUUUCGUGAUUCUUGCUAUUAUUCAUUUAAUUUCGAUCAACAGCUUUCCAUGUAUUCAGUGGUUAGGGAUGGCAAGCAGGAAAUUAAGAUAUUUAAUGACACCAUCAAUCCAAAAAAUAUAGACUGUCAAGUAACCUAUAUAAAUGAUGAACCUGCAAUUGAUGUGAUUACCAAGUAUGCAAACUAUUCUAUGAGAACAUCAAGAGAUUUGGGUGUUCGAUUUAAUAACGCCCUUGCAUCACUCACACUUGAAGGUGGAAAGAUUCGUUUGGAUAGUUUUUCACGACAGUUUUCUAGUCGAACUCGCCUUCCGGAUAAUUCUAAUAUAACCUACACUCUUAAUUGCGAUGGAAAAACUGAUACAAUUACCCGAGGAUGGAAUAUUACUGCUAGAAAUAAUACUGUAUUUGAAAAUUUUACUGAUUCUACAUCUUAUUGGAACAAUAUAUGCAUAAAUAAACCUCUUAAACAACAAAGCCCAGAAUUAUCAUUUGAGACUGUUUGGAGCAAACAUGAUUAUGAUUCUACGCUAUAUGAUGAUUAUGAUGAUUACGAAGCUACACUAGAAGAAGGAAAACUGAUUAUCGAUGCUCAAAUUGCUAGAUUUUAUACUGUACAAGACUUUGGGGUUGCUGUGAUUUCUACAGAAACACCUAAUAUUACAAACGAUGUACAAACAAGCGAUCUAUUUAGCACCAUAAAUCAAGGAUUUCAAUCAUUCGUAAAUAUGGGUAUUAAAAAGGUCGUUUUGGAUUUGACAAACAAUGGUGGUGGAUCAGCUACAAUAGCUCACUAUAUUACCCAACUCUUAUUUAGAGAUAUUAGAAAUUUUCCAUUUGAUCAAAGAAUUAAUAAUGCAUCCAAACUUAUGAUAGAACAAUCUACAAAUCAAAAUUCUUUUAAUGAGUUCAACGUAGGAAUUUAUGUUUCUCCAAAAACAAAUGCCUCAUAUAAUAAUAUUACAGAUUAUAUCGGAAAUAAUUAUUAUACACGUGGUGGUUUAAAUGAUAGAUAUUCUGAAAAGUCUUUUUAUUAUGACGAAGAACCCAUUAGGGAACUUCUUGGAAAUAUUUCAAACCCACUUCCCUGGACUGCUGAAAAUUUAAUUAUCUUGACAAAUGGAUUUUGCGGAUCUGCUUGUGCACAUAUUACGCAACGAUUAGCUGAGAUAAAUGUUAAAACAAUUGCUGUUGGUGGAUUUUCAAAAACGCCAUUAUCUUUUGCAUGUUUUGCUGGUGGAUUUGUUAUAUCGUCUGAUACAUUUUUUCAAUAUUUGAACAAUGUUUCUUUACUUGAUAAUUCCUUAAUGCCUAAGCAAUUUCCUUUUUCAUCCGUAAUUAAUUUCCCUGUUAAUGAAGCUUAUAGUAUUAAAAACCCAGAUGAAGUUUUAGAAUUCGUAUUUAGACCUGCUGAUUACAGAUUAUAUUAUGAUGAAAAGAGUGCAAGAGAUCCAAGUAAACUAUGGGUGCAAGCUGCAGCACUAAUUGGAAAGAAAUCAUAA